AUGUCGUCCUUGUCCAGAAGAGUCGAUCUCGUCCGGUUCCGGAACAGAUCGUCCCACGUGUCCGGCGCGAAACGUCGAGCAAAUAACGUAUGGAAGAACGUUUUGGAAGACAUUUGCGAUCAGUGUUCGCUGCACGGUCUAAACCACAUCAUCCGGAAAGACCGGAGCCCCGUAGAAAAGUCGGUAUAUAAUACUCGAGAAACGCAAAAAAAAAAUUAA